UUGUUUUUGCUCCAGGUCACAUGUUCAAUGAAAGAUGGCUGCCACGGUGGAACGUGUAAUAGUUUCAAGCAAUCCAGAAAACAGCAUGUCUUUGCAGAAAGCGUUGUCUGCAGCUUCUCCCCUCACUCUGCGAAUUGUCGCGGAAUGUCCGGUGACUAAAGCCAGAGCUUGUGAUCUGACCCUGCCGCACUGCACCGUCAAUACUCCGGUUUUCAUGCCGGUCGGAACACAGGGGACCCUGAAGGGGAUCACUGUGGAUCAGCUGGAGAGCCUUGGAUGUCAGAUUUGUCUGGGAAACACAUACCACCUUGGUAUGCGACCUGGGCCUGAUUUGAUCGUAAAAGCCAAGGGUUUGCAUGGUUUUAUGAACUGGAAGAGGAAUCUUUUAACCGAUAGUGGAGGGUUUCAGAUGGUAUCUCUUGUUGAGCUCUCUGAAGUCACAGAGGAGGGGGUCAAUUUUAAAUCUCCUUAUGAUGGCAAAGAAAUUUUACUAAGUCCUGAAAAAUCCAUCAGCAUACAGAACAGUCUAGGCUCUGACAUCAUGAUGCAGCUGGAUGACGUGGUCAGCAGUACCGUGAAGGGGCCCCGGGUGGAAGAGGCCAUGCACAGAUCCAUACGAUGGCUGGAUCGCUGCAUUGCAGCCAACAAAAACCCUGACAAACAAAACCUCUUUGCAAUCAUCCAGGGCGGACUGGAUGCAGAGCUGCGGAAAGCCUGUCUAAAAGAAAUGACUCAGCGGGACGUUUCGGGUUUUGCUAUUGGAGGUUUAAGUGGAGGAGAGGAGAAGAACGACUUCUGGCGAAUGGUUACUCUGAGCACUGACCACCUCCCACAAGAGAAGCCUCGCUACCUCAUGGGCGUUGGGUAUGCUGUAGACCUGGUUGUAUGUGUGGCUUUGGGGUGUGAUAUGUUUGACUGCGUGUUUCCGACCCGCACUGCAAGGUUUGGCUCUGCUUUAGUGCCAUGGGGAUCUCUUCAAGUGAAACAAAAGCAGUAUGCUAAAGACUUCCUGCCUAUAGACCCAGACUGCCACUGUCCCACAUGCAAGAGGCAUAGCCGGGCUUACCUGCAUGCUUUAUUUAAGAGUGACACUGCAGCCAUGCAUCACGUCACCGUCCACAACAUCGCCUACCAGCUCUCCCUGAUGCGCUCUGUAAGACAGAGUAUUGUAGAAGGCCGUUUUCCUGAGUUUAUAAGGACCUUCAUGAAGCGGAUGUUUCCUUCUCGGGAUGAUUACCCCGGCUGGGCUGUGGACGCUUUGGCUUCUGUAAACGUCACUUUGGACUAGAACCUCGAAAGCAUUUGUUUGUUUUCUUAAUGAAAAAAAAAGACAAAAAAGAAUAUAUUUUAUAUAUUUUUAAGAAUCCUUUUUGUACUAAUGAGUUUUUUUUUUUUUUUGGUUGUCUGUUUUUGUAAAAUCUUGCUUCUCUCAGCCUCUGCAAACUGUUAUCACAAUUCAUGUUUUUCUAAUGUAUGUUUAAAUGAGAUUUGAAAUACAUGAAACAUGUCCUCUGAUAUGCUCUGACACUUUUUUCCUCGUUACUAUGGUUACACAGCUUUGCCCAUCCAAUUGAAAUGUUUUUGCCUCCC